AUUUCUUCCGGUUCAGAAGUGUCCAGAUCGGGCUCGCGUCGCUCCGCCUGGCCACGCCUUGCAACGCCUCCUUACGCCUUCACCGCGCUAAACAGCCGACCGCCUCGGGCGAUUUUCUGCCUUCUCGCUCCGACGCAUGCCUUUAAAAACACUGGCUUGGGUUUCUCAUGGGAAGUCAUAAUCUGUGAUGUAAAUGAUGUUUCGUGGAUUAUCAACUAAGCUGUUGAACAUAUGCAUAGCUUCAUUUUGUAAAGUCCGGCUACUGGAGAAAGCAGAAGCCAUUAUAAUUGACGGUGUAAGAUUAGGGGUGAUUCCAGAUGUGGUAACUUACAAUACUUUGGUCAGUGCAUAUUCUCGGUAUGUUAGCUUAGAUGCAGCUUAUUCUGUUAUUCAUAGAAUGAAAGAAGUUGGGAUAAGUCCAGAUGUCAUUACUUACAAUUCUUUGAUAGCUGGGUCGACCAGGGAUUGUUUAUUAUCACAAUCCCUGGAUUUGUUUGAGGAAAUGCUACAAGCAGGUAUACAUCCUGAUGUAUGGAGUUACAAUAUUCUGAUGAAUUGUUUCUUUAAAUUGGGAAAACCCGAUGAAGCCAACAGAGUAUUUCAGGAUAUUUUACUUAGCAAUCUCGCUUCUCACCCAGCUACCUUUAACAUAAUGAUUAAUGGCCUUUGUAAAAAUGAAUACAUUGAUAAUGCCCUUAUGUUAUUUAGAAAUUUGCAACGUCAUGGUUUUGUUCCCCAAUUAGUGACAUACAAUAUUCUUAUCAAUGGGCUAUGCAAGGCACGCAGAUUGCGGCAAGCAAGGACAAUGCUAAGGGAACUUGGGGAAUCGGAUCUUGAGCCAAAUGCCAUAACCUACACUACAGUUAUGAAAUGCUGCUUUAGGUCUAAGCAGUAUGACAAAGGGCUUGAUAUUAUGUCGGAGAUGAAGAGUAAAGGGUAUACAUUUGAUAGUUUUGCAUACUGCACAAUCGUUGCUGCUUUAGUUAAGACUGGGAGGAUAGAAGAGGCAAAUGCUUGCAUGGAACAGGUAAUGAGUAAUGGCAUUGAACUCGAUUUAGCAGCAUAUAACACCUUACUUAAUAUGUAUUGUAGAGAAGGUAAGUUUGAAGCUGCCUAUAAGUUGUUGGAUGAAAUAGAGAAGGGAGGUCUGCUGUGUGACAAGUAUACCCACACAAUUAUAAUUGAUGGCUUGUGUAAAGCUGGUAAUAUUACUGGGGCUCAACACCAUUUACAUUAUAUGAAAAUGAUGGGCUUCCAUGAAAACUUGGUUGCCCUCAACUGCAUGAUUGAUGGGUUGUGUAAAGCUGGUCAUAUUGAUCGUGCAAUGGAAUUGUACAAAUCAAUGGAGACUAAAGACUCUGUUACCUACACCUCCUUGGUGCACAAUCUUUGCAGGGCUGGAAGGUUCCGUUGUGCAUCCAAGCUUAUGAUGAAAUGUUUAAAAGAUGGCAAGAAAAUACUCAGGGCUACCAAACGAGCUGUCCUUGCUGGUCUUCGUAGUUCAGGGUAUACAGAUGAAGCAAAGAAACUUCAGUGGAAAAUUCAAGUGGCUCGAAUAUUACGUUAGAAACCAGCUAUGCUUUUGCUACUGAAUAAUUAAACAACUGCCCUAUUUAGAUUGGCAUUUUGGGCAGCACCAUGCGAAAGCCCCCACUUUAGUCAUAUUCUUAAACAUCAGUUGUUUAGGGCUGGUAACUUGCUCUACGAAGCACAGAAUAGUAAUAGUGAAGAGUAAUGGUGAAUCUGAAUUGGAGGUGAGUAACUACCCUGCAACUGCCUUGCAUUGCUAAUCUGACAGUAGUUCUGCCGGUGUCUACGAGGGAAAGACACUACUCCAACAAACAAAUAGUUGCUAUGUUCAUGUAUGACUGGCCAAGUCCAGAAACAUUUCUCAAAGUCAGUUGUCAGUCACGCUGGUUUCUUCAUUUCAUGGGUUCACUUGUAACUGGUUAGCAUUAUUGGGAGCAGUUUGGAUAGAACUCAGGAUAACCACUCCUGGAAGGUAAACUUGUGUAUUGCAGCCUGCUUUUCGUGAGAAAAAGAAAAGAAACUAGAGAUGGGGUUUCUCAGAACGAGUUUGAUGUGAGGCUGCAACCAUUUUCUCCACUGUGACCCCGGCAUUGCAUAUGUUGGCAAUAGCUCGUGUGUAUUUCCUUCCAUAUGUUGGUAACUGCUAUGAUGGCAGUGUUUCGGGUGGUGUGGAUGGAGAGGAACAAGAGAAUUUUUUGAUGAUGCUAAGGGUGAUGAGAUUGACCAGCUUUGGGAUCGGAUUCAUUUCUGGGCGUCAUUGUGGGCAUCAACUUCUUCAGAAUUUAAGGAUAUCAACUUUAGUUUCAUCCACGUAGGUUGUUUAGUUGUUUUCCUUUUGUUUGGGGUUUGUGUGCCUUCCUUGGCCACUCCUGUUUUGUUCCUGUUCCGAUUUUGUUCUGUGCAAUAAAAAUCUCUCAUCUCAAAGAAAAAAAAAACGCCCCGUUUCAUUUAUAAAAAAA